UAACAACAAAAACCUGAGCUAACGAAUUCAAGCUUAAGAAGACAUUGAUUCUCCCUACUAUGAUGCCUACAGCUGAAGGCAUGUCCCACGUGAUACCCUGCCAUGUUCUGAGAGUUGGUCAAACUAUCCGCCUUCACUCUUCUCAGGAUAAUGUCCCUCAGCCCCCUGGUCUCUCAAUGCCAAACUGUGAGGUUGAUGACCCUGAUCUCGACAUGACCUUGGAAAAUCUCAAUCAACUCAUGCUGGAACUGGAUCCCACUUUUGAACCAAUCCAGGUCAACAAGAGCCCCACUUGUACAAGCCCUCCAACAGACUCCUUGUGCUCAAAUGACUCAGAUGGCCCUUCCCACUGUGUGCUGAUUCCCAGAGGAUGUCCUCCCAGCUCAUCGCCUGCAGUAUCAGUGCCUACUGUGUCUCCCAGUAUCCCCAUCCUAACAUCCAGCAGUCUGAGAUGCAGUCCCAGUGGCACACUGGUAUUCUCCAGCUCCCCUACAUCCUCCCUGCCGCCCCUUCCAUUUGGAAGUGCUCCCAGGAAGAACCCCUCACCAAAAAAUGACUCGGCCUUUUCCUCAGGAUCAUUGCACCUGUUGAGCUCCAACAGAAACAGUGCCACCUCGCUCCUCUCCACGUCCACAUGUUCAGAUACCAGCUACAUUAUGGGCAGCAACCUAUCCUUGGCUGAAGACGCAGACUUUCCAGACUCCUGCCAUUCUUGCUCUUCAGGCUCCUUCAGUGAUGGCUCCAGGUGUCAGUCAUCUGACAGAAGGCCCUCGCUGACAAAGCAGGGUUGUCUACAAGAACUUCACAACAGAGGAACAAACAGCAGUCCUGCUUCACUCGCCGGUUCCCAUAUGGAUAUUCCCUUGCUGCUGAUCAAUGGAGCACCACAGUCAGACCUGCACAUCUCUGGAUCAGAAGCGGACCUGAUGCAGAAAAUUCCCGCCUCUCCCUCAAGACGGAAGUGUUUCCAAGCCAGUUUCAGUGGCAGCCAACCAUCUAUGAAAUUUGUCAUGGACACUUCAAAGUUUUGGUUUCGUCCACACAUCAGCAGAGCAGAAGCUGAUGCUCUUUUAAAGGACAAGGAAGCUGGGAUGUUUUUAGUGAGAGACAGCACCUCCUACAGAGGAAGCUUUGGUUUGGCCAUGAAAGUGGACCAAUCUCCCACCACCUUCACAGCUGCUGCCUAUCCUGGAGAGAGCAGCUCGGAUCUUAUCAGACACUUUCUGAUUGAAUCAUCAGCUAAAGGAGUUCGCAUCAGAGGCUCUUCUCAGGAACCAUACUUCGGCAGUCUCUCUGCUUUGGUUUACCAGCACACAAUCUCUGCUUAUGCGUUACCUUGCAGAUUACUACUAAAUUACCAGGAUAUGGGCAUAACAGCAGAGAAAGUGAAUGAAAAUGUACCAUCGGAGGACAAAAGUAGAACAGCCUGCAAUUUCGUCUAUCUGAAUGCCGUUCCCAUCGAGAUGCUGACAGGCCCCUGUGCCGUGCAGAGGGCGGUGUCCUCAACACUUGAGAAGACAUCUGGUUCCUUUGCACCGACCAUUGUCAAUAUGAAGGUGUCUCUGAAGGGUGUUACACUCACUGAUAUCAACAGGAAGCUUUUCUUCAGACGCCACUAUCCUGCUUACUUGCUUAGCUACAGUGGUAAAGAUCCAGACAAUCGGCUAUGGUUUAAAGGUACAAGUUUUGGUGCAAGGAUGUUUGGUUUUGUGGCAAAAGGUGCCGAAGCUAGUGUGGAAAAUGUUUGCCAUAUCUUUGCAGAGUGUGACCCCCUGCAACCCUGCAACAAAACUGUGGAGUUUAUACAGGCUGCCAUAACCAAGCAAUAGAUAACCAAACCCUGAUAGUCUCGUACUGCCUGUUUUAUGCUGCGCUGCCUUUGACUGACUGCUCCUAAAUGUUGGAUAAAGUCAGUGUCAAUACUGCUAAUAAACCGGUCAAGUUACCAUCUCUUCUGGACUGAAAUACCAGAAGAAAAACUGACUUAAAGCAUAACAUUUCAAGAUCACAACCUGAUUCUUAAAGUCCCACAUAGAAAUUAAUGUAUUUUUUUAAUCGAGGCUAUAAAUAACAAAUCGAGAAACAAAUAAAAGAUGUGUCGGAUUUAUAAUUUGCCCAGGUGGUAAAAAUACUACAAAAAACACCUACCCCAGAGAAUAAGUUUAAUCCAACUUUCUAUGUCUUAAAGUUCCAGCAACAAGCACUUUAACUGAAUAUCAAUUGUUUUGUGAUGUACUGUACCUUGCAAAAAUAUUUACACCCUUUUAACUGUACACAUUUUGUCAUAUAAUGACCUCAAAUGUUAAUGUAUUUUAUUGAGAUUUUAUGUGAAAGGCCAACACAAAGUAGUGCAUAAUUGUAAAGUGAAAUGAUUUCUUAUAAAUAAAAAUCUGAAAAGCCACAUAUGCAUUUGUAUCCAGUCCCUUUAAUCUAAUACCCCUAAGGCUGAAGGGUGUUGGUUACACUGCAACAUGUUUAGGUUAGACAAAGCAUGUUUAGGUUGGAAAACGGUUUCUCAAGCAUUCAACAUCUCAAGGACCACUCAACAAUCCAUGCUUUGGUCAUGCCACAAUUGCAGACAUUCAAAGACAUCCACAUAAGAUGGCAAAACCAAUAACAGAGAAGAACCCAAGGCGCACAUGAUAACUCUGGAGGAGCUGCGAAGAUCCAAGGUAAAGGUGGGACAAUCUGUUGACUAUAAGUUACACAUUCCACAAAUCUGGCAAGAAGAAAACAGUUAUUGAACAAAAACCAUAAAAAUUCUAAUUUGCGGGUUGCCACAAGCCAUGUAAAGGACACAGCAAGCAUGUGGAAGAAUGUGUUCUGGACAGAGCACAAAAUUAAACCUUUUGCAUAUUUGUGAAAAAUUCUGUAACGUGGAAAACAGAAACUGCACAGCACCCUGAACAUAUCACCCCCACUGUGAAAUACGGGGGUGGCAGCAUCCAGCUGUAGGGAUGCCUUUCUUCAGCAGGGAUGGCACAGCUGGUCAGAGUUGUUGCAAAGACCAGUUGGAGGAUGGAAAGACUUCACACCAGGGUUCUGAGACUAAGGUUCACCUUCCAGCAGGACAACGACACUAAACAUACAGCCAGAGCCACAAUAGAACAAUUAGUCAUAUUCAUAUGAAGAAAUAAUCCUGUCAAACUGUUGACUAAGGGGGCAUAAUACAAAUGGACAUAUUUUUUCAGAUCAUAUUUGUAAAAUUUAAGUUGCAUUUUCUUUCACUUCCACCCUGAUAAAAUGCAUAACAUUUGUGGUUGUAAUGUGACAAAAUGUGAAAAAGUUCAAUGGAGUGUAGAAUUAUCUCCCUACUGAUCACUCAAACUAUGUAACUGAGGGAAUUAGACUUGAAACUCUAAUAUGUCCAUUUAUUUUCACAAAGGAUCUGUGCAGAUAUCCUCACAGCAUAAAUAUGUUUGAGUGUAUUUCUUGUUCGGUACUCUCUGUAAAAAUAUUGACUUGUAUUUUUUUCAUUGCAAGAAAAAUAAAGAUGUAGAACAAUUGA